AUGGCCACAUAUGAAGAAUUAAUAAGGUCCGAGUUUCCUCAAAUAGAUGGUGAAUUAUAUCAAUACGUUGAAGGAAUUUUAACAAGUGGAGCAGAUGAUUUUGAAGACAGUGAAGAGGUUUAUGAGGCUAUUGGAGCUCUUUUACAUGAAGUGUCACAAGAGAAAACUGAAAAUGAUGUAAAAAAUGUUUGUAUACUAAAACCUGAAAAAGUAGAAUUACCAGAAAAAAAUCAUUCUAACAAAGUUCUAGGGGCUCCUGUUCAUCUUGGCAGUAUGGCAGCCACAUUAGAAAAUAAUGUAGAAGAAUUAAAAAGUAUAUGGGUUAUUUCAAGGGAUGAUACAUUGAAAGUUGAUGCUAAAAAAUUAGAAAAAGCUGAAGCUAAACUACAGCAAAAGCAGGAAAAGAGAAGAAUAGAUCACAGUUCCAAAGCUCCAGCAGUAAUCAAAUUAGAAACGGCAACAGCUUCACAAGUCACUAGUAAGAAGGAAAUGAAAAUGGAGGCCAAAGGAACGAAUAGAACGCAAGAUAUUAGAAUUGAAAAUUUCGAUGUUGCUUAUGGAGACAAAAUUUUACUCCAAGGUGCAGAUUUAGUAUUAGCAUUUGGUAGGCGAUAUGGUUUAGUAGGUAGAAACGGUUUAGGGAAAACCACUUUACUUAGAAUGAUAUCUAGUAAACAAUUAGCCAUUCCAUCUCAUAUAUCUGUAUUACAUGUGGAACAAGAAGUAACAGGUGAUGAUACCACUGCACUUGAAAGUGUAUUAGAAUCUGAUACAGUCAGAACACAACUUUUAAAAGAAGAAAAGGAAUUAACUACUUUACUAAAUGCAGGCACAAGUGAUUCACAAGUUAGUACUAGAUUAAGUGAAGUUUAUUCCAAACUUCAACAUAUAGAAGCUGAAAAAGCACCAGCCAGAGCUUCUAUCAUAUUAAAUGGUUUAGGAUUCACAAAGGAAAUGCAAGAAAGAGCGACAAAAACUUUUUCUGGAGGAUGGAGAAUGAGAUUAGCAUUGGCUAGGGCACUUUUUUCCAAACCUGAUCUUCUUCUUUUGGACGAACCUACAAACAUGUUGGAUAUAAAGGCAAUUAUUUGGUUAGAAAAUUAUUUACAAAAUUGGCCUACAACUUUACUUGUUGUUUCUCACGACAGAAAUUUCCUCGAAACUGUUCCUACUGACAUAUUACAUCUUCAUUCUCAAAGAAUCGAGUCUUAUAGGGGAAAUUAUGGAACGUUUGAAAAAACAAAGACUGAUAAAUUAAAAAAUCAGCAGAGAGAAUUCGAAGCACAGCAACAACAUCGAGCUCACGUACAAGAAUUUAUCGACAGAUUCCGUUACAAUGCCAACAGGGCGUCUUCUGUACAAAGCAAAAUAAAAAUGUUGGAAAAAUUACCUGAACUUAAACCCGUGGAAAAAGAAACGGAAGUUGUGUUGAAAUUUCCGGAAACGGAUGCCUUGUCUCCACCGAUAUUACAAUUAAAUGAAGUGUCCUUUUACUAUACACCGAACAAUGUGAUAUUCAACAAUGUUAAUUUAAGUGCCACAUUAGAAUCUAGAAUUUGUAUAGUUGGUGAAAAUGGUGCGGGUAAAACGACAUUGUUAAAAAUUGUCAUGGGAAUAUUAAAUCCGACGAAAGGACUACGACACGUUCAUAGAAAUCUUAAAUUUGGUUAUUUCAGUCAGCAUCACGUGGAUCAGUUGGACAUGACGCAAAAUUCAGUCGAAUUACUACAGAGUACGGCACCCGGUAAACGAAUCGAAGAGUAUAGGCGACAAUUGGGAAGUUUUGGCAUAUCCGGUGAUCUCGCACUUCAGCAAAUAGCUAGCUUGUCGGGAGGUCAAAAAAGUAGGGUAGCAUUUGCGAGAAUGUGUUUGGGUAAUCCAAAUUUUUUGGUACUCGACGAACCUACCAAUCAUUUAGACAUAGAAAGCAUCGAAGCAUUGGGUAAAGCAAUACAAAAAUACACGGGUGGUGUCAUAUUAGUUUCACACGACGAACGUUUAAUCAGAAUGGUUUGCCAUGAGUUGUGGGUUUGUCAAAAUGGAAAUGUGAGAGCGAUAGAAGGAGUCAGUCAGCACAAAUCAUAA